AAGGGCCAUGUUUACCAAGCAUGUGAUAUUUGAAGAGGACGACAGAGGAAGAUCACGAUAGGAAGAAAGAAAGACAAUAUGGAUAACUUGCUCAAACUACUGCUUGCUACGGCAGUUCUUCUUGGAACUGGGAAUUGCAAUUUGCAGCCUCCUUCUACAAGUGAAGCGAAAAGUGAAGUCAAGAUUAAACAACAGAAGACAUGCGAGGAUGGAAUGCAAAUGGUUAAGACAUACCUGGAAACGAGUAAAAUUGAGCUCAUUGACAACAUCAGAGCUGCAAAGCAAGUCCAGUGCAAAGCACAAGCAUGGAGAAAAGUGGAUACUUCGAUGGUGUCUCACAUUCACAAAGAUGGAGUUACUCUAGGCAUGUACAGCGAUCCAAAUGGAAGUUUGAAUAUCAAUGGAAAGGUAACCAACUAUGGAUGUGGCAAGGGCAAUCCUUCAUACUCUGUGAUUCACAUAAAAGGCCAUUGGCAACAGAUAAUGUACACUCAAGUGUUUAAAGGUGAUACUUCAUGCUGGCAGAUUUUUGGCCACAAAGUCCCGGACAGCAUAUCAAAUCACAAAGCUGGGUUAGAACCAUUUAAUCCAACAAGAGGAGACAUAAUUUUUGGGGAGAAGAACAUGGGCUCAUCAACAAAUAACUACUUUGGGGGAGCAACUGGACGUUGUGAUAAUGACGCUGAUAAUUUCUGGCAUUUGAAGAACGGAAAGGGAGAGCGCCAGGCAACGGUGAUACUGCGAAGAGAAAAAGGUGCAGACGAUGCUGGCAUUUACACAUACACCUCAUGUGGAAAGCCAGAGUACACCAUAAAGGACAUUUACGUAUUAGAGUGAACUUCAUGAAAGAAAUCCUUAUUAUUGCACCAGAAAUUCUGACUGAUAUUGCUGUACUUGCAAUUAUUUUUGUUUAUUAUAUGACGCUUAGAAAUUCAAUAAUGUUCGUUAAUAUGAUAUAACAGCUUCGCAAAAA